UAUAGCCGAUGUGGUGUCCAUCAGAACCCGGAAUUCCUCAGUAAAAGGAAAAAGAAGCUGCUAUUUUACAGUGAAAUCUGGAGCGUUUAUGUUCGGUGUCUGUGCAUGGUGAAGUCCACAUUGCUGCAUUUACCUCCAGCCUAGAGCUUGUUCUGCCAAAAUUUACAACAUGUCUGGUUCCUACGACGAGUCUCUGGGGCCUGAUGAGACCACCGACAGCUUCUGGGAGGUCGGACACUACAAGCGUACAGUGAAGCGGAUUGAUGAUGGCCACCGGCUCUGCAAUGACCUCAUGAACUGCAUUCAGGAGCGUGCCAAAAUAGAGAAGGCCUAUGCACAGCAGCUAACUGACUGGUCCAAGAGAUGGAGACAGCUGGUGGAAAGAGGGCCUCAGUACGGAUCGGUGGAGCGAGCUUGGAUUGCAGUGAUGACUGAGACGGAGAAAGUGAGUGAGCUCCACCAGGACAUGAAGAACAAUCUGAUUAAUGAGGACUUUGAAAAAGUGAAAAACUGGCAGAAAGACUCCUACCACAAGCAGAUUAUGGGAAGUUUCAAGGAGACCAAAGAGGCAGAUGAAGGCUUUAAAAAAGCUCAGAAACCAUGGGCCAAAAAGCUAAAAGAGAUGGAGACAGCAAAGAAAGCUUAUCACAUGGCCUGUAAAGAGGAGAAGCUUGCCUCCACCCGAGAAGCCAACAGCAAGGGAGAGAAUGGAGCCACUGCAGAGCAGCAGAAGAAACUCCAAGAGAAGCUGGAUAAGUGUAAAAAUGAUUCUCAGAAGGCUAAAGAGAAGUAUGAGAAGGCUCUGGAGGAGUUGGGCAAAUGUACACCACAGUACAUGGAAAACAUGGAGCUUGUGUUUGAUCAGUGCCAGCAGUUUGAGGAGAAGAGACUGUCCUUCAUUCAGGAGGUGCUGCUGGACAUCAAACGCCAUCUCAACCUAACUGAGAACCAAAGCUAUGCCACAGUUUACCAUGAGCUUGAACAUACCAUCGCCUCUGCCAGUCCUCAAGAAGAUCUUCGGUGGUUCAGCAACAACCAUGGCCCAGGCAUGCAUAUGAACUGGCCACAGUUUGAGGAGUAUAAUCCAGAAUUAGGCCACUCCAUUAACAAGAAGGAGAAGGUAAAAAAGAACCCUGAUGAAGUCACACUCACCCAUGUUUCAACUGCCGGGAAUCAAUCUACACCAGAGGUUGCGAUUCGGGGGAGUGUGAGCAGUUAUGAUAAGAACCAGGCACAAUCAGGAGAAUGGUCGGAUGAAGAGCAGGCCGGUGCUGAGACUAACGGAGGAACCAACCCGUUUGAGGAGGAAGAAAGCCAAGGGGUGAGAGUGAGGGCUCUCUACGACUAUGAAGGGCAGGAGCAGGAUGAGCUCAGCUUUAAAGCAGGUGAUGAGCUGACCAAACUAGAGGAUGAAGAUGAACAGGGUUGGUGUAAAGGACGGCUGGACAGUGGUCAGCUCGGCUUGUACCCAGCCAAUUACGUUCAGCCUAUUUAGCUGAGGAUUGUUUGAAAGGAUGGACUUCCCUCAAGAAUGGUUCAAGACUGUACGGUCCAUCAGAGACUCCUAACAGGCUGUCAACCAUGCACAUUCUACCUACUUCCUGCCUAUCAACAAAACUGACACUGUACCCAGCGUAUACUGUACCUGUCGUACCUGAUUACACUAUAGAUAGGUCCAGAUGUUCAUCAUUUUCAUCAAGCCUUGACAUAUCUAUUUUAAAAAUCCAGCAGCUGCUGAAACAGGUUUGAUCCUGCUUAUCUGUUUUAUGUGCAACAGACAUAUGUGUACAAAUAUAUUCAGUAAAAUGUUGAUGUAAUGCAGUCUACAAUGCUUAGCAUAGCAGGAAUGAGCUAUGCAAUGUGUAUGCGAUGAUUUUCCAAUGUGGCAGUGAUAGUACUCUACCCAUUAUAGUACUGUACCUUGUUUUGUACUGUGUUUCAUGCAUUGUGUGGUUUAAAACAUGCAUUAACACUUUUCUUUUUAUUAUUUAUUCAUGUAAGGUAAAGUUUCUUGAUGGUGUAAAGCUGGUGGUGAAAAGUCAAAACUUCUCAUGCAUUUAUAGGGGAUAUUUAUGUCAUGGCAUUUCUUUUUCUGACUGACUGAUAUGCAAAAAAAAAGGAACCCCUGUUCCUGUUUUUUUUUUUUACUUAAGCUCUAAGAAGCAGGCUACUUUACCAGCUUCUAAUUCACGGCACACCCCUCAUACAGUCACACAGUUUAGGGUUUGAUCUUGACAAAGAGACCACUAAUCCAUGUACUGUUUUAAUAAGUGCAGUUAAGCUAGCUCUAUUUAUACAGGGACAGAUAAUUUACCAGCCAUAAACAGUAAUAAGCACCACAAGGAACUAAAGGGCCAUAGCAGAAAGUUACAAAUUCACAUUAUACCACUAAAUUAUUAAUCAAAAUUCUGUAUGUGUACUUCUGACCCAGCUUAUUUUGUCACCAUUUCAGAAAACCCACAAUAAAUCUAUAAAACAACAGACAAAUACCACUAGUAUGUGUUUCAAUAAAUCAGUGCAAGA